GUGGGUAGAUACUGUGGUGAGGAACUUUCUGGACGAGAUAUCAAUGUGGGUGGAAACGAAGUGGUCAUUAAGUUUCACUCAGGAAAAAAAGGAUUUCUGUUGGUUUUUACCCCUGUCCAACCUUGUAAGUUUAAGAGAAACUUUCUUACCCCUUUGGCAACCUUAUGCUUCGUUACAUAUGAAGAGAAAAUGACCAAAGUGGUCGUCAAAGGGUUAAAGAUAUACUGCACCUGACAUUAGUAACGAUUCAGGUUAGGAUAUGAGCAGUGCUACAACCCUGGAUAAAACUGUUGAGACAGUUCCAUCUAUUUUCUAACUUUUGCGCCAUGCCACCAUUUCCUCUGAAGAGAAAAAGGUAAGGCCCCUCCCCACCUCCCAUUCAAAGUUGUUUUUGUCUAAAACCCAACGUGUAGAAUUCUCAUGUUAUCCUAAAGAACAUUCAAUAAGGAGAAGGUGGAAAACGGGCAUUCAUUUGGCGACGGUUUCCAAGUUUUCCAUGAUGACAGAAAAAAGUAGGUAUUUUUGCGAUUCGUGCGAUGUGUCUCAACUGGUUUUGUCCGUUUGCUUAAUUAAGCAUUGCUAAAACGUAUGGCACUUAAACGGCAGAGAAUGCUAAAUGCUGAUAAUUUCGCCUUUGCUUGUACCUUACAUCUUCAUAAAGUUCUUCGACAAAAUUAAUCAGAAUCUACCACAUUGUCUGUUAACUACUAAGAUUAAGAUUGCAAUUUACAUUUGGGUUCGUUAACCUGGGUCUCAGUAUGGUAAUGCCAACGUUUCUGUAUUGUUGGAGAACAAUGAAGUAUGCCUUCCAUUUUAAGUUACGCGGAUCGUUACUUGAUUAUUGCUGUGAUAAAUAAAGAAGUCGGGGACUCAGACUUUUCCUUUGUCCCGUGCUAGUGAGAUGUUGAUUACAUCAUUUCUCAUUGAAUAUUGUUAAACUCAUUUUUAUUCCAUUUUUUUUUUUUCACCAGCUCCCCCCAACAUAACUAUGCCAAUUCCAGGGAGAGCUGUUCGUACACUUGCAGGUCGCUUGACGACUGUGUGUGAAGCCACAGGAACCUCUCCAGUAUACGUGGCAUUGAUGUGGAAUUCUAUAGUUCUGGUCAAUGAAACUAACAACGCAGUAACCCGAUUGUAUUUGGAGGGAAACUACCACUGCAUAGCCACUAACAAUUAUGGAACAGACACAAGAGUUAUUCCCGUCUUUUUAAUAAGUAAGGGGAAAUUGUCGGCUCCUUCAUAUCUAGAAUAAUUAAGUCCGUCAGACUUCUACAAUUUGUCGAUUUGUUUACUAAUCAGAACCUAAAAGGCACCAGGUCUAAACCAGCUUAAAAACCAGCAUUACACUGGUAUAACAGUGACGUUUAGUGUCUUCCAUUUUCUAUGGAGGCGAGGUGGCCAGGCGGAUACAGUAGCAGUUACAGAAAGGGCAGCGUGGCCGAGUGGUUAGAGCGCUGGACUUGCAAUUCGGAGGCCCCGAGUUCAAGUCCCGCUCUGAUCUCUAGCUGGAUUUGUUCACGGUAGUCUCGAGUUCAAAUCCUCGGCCAUGCUUGUAAAAUAGCCAACUGGUUCGCCCCCGGCCAGUUGGAUUCUUAACCCUGUUAAGUUUGAUUUGAAUUAUUUGUUUCAGGCAUUUGCUCGGCCUCACUAGCAUUAGUGCUAUAAAUACUGCCGAGGGUAAAUAACGGAUUUUUUUUUUCGGACCUGAAAGGUCAGUUUCAAGCCUUUCCGACUCGUUUUUCAGGCAAGAAAUGUUGUUCGAAAUUGUCUCUCUUCAGGCAGCUGAAUGAACGGGUACCGGCAACAUACUGCCGAGAGUAACCAUGGAAUUACAUUACAUCUAGGGUGGAAGUAGCAAUACUGCUUGGUAAUUCUUGCUUAGAUAGAUGAGCUCAUUGCUGAAGUUAUUUGUAAAAGCAAUAGAAAACUUAUUUUUUUCUGUUUUUGCAUAACCCGAUUUAACAGUUGGGGUGUGUGUGUGUGUGUGUGUGGACAAGGGGGGGGGCUGAGGUUAGUGUUCAUUCACCCAUGGGUAUAUAGGUAAUGUGUAAUUGAACAAUCAAAGUCCUCUUUAUUACUUUUAUGCUAUAAAACAUUUACGUAUUAUCAUUAACAGGUUGUGGUUCUGUUGUUAACAAUACACUGAAAAGUCCCAAUUAUCCAAUGGACUACCCAAAAAGCAUGCGCUGUGUUUACAGAGUUUCCAUUCCAUAUGGCAUGAUUUUGAAAGUAGUCUUCCAAGAUUUUCUUCUAACAUGGUAAAUAGAGAAACUUAAUGUGAUUUUUCUGUUCUGCGCAUAGGUCUUGUAGAUUGUUUAACUUCGGAAAAGGUGGAUUUCCACCGUCUCGUAACAUUUUAAUUACGGACGUGAAUUAAAUGUCGAAGAAAUUACCUUUUAUUACUUACCGUUGGUGCAAAAGACUUUUCAUGGAUGGUUUGCACUUUGGUUAAGUCUUUAUAGUGACCCGCGCCACAUCUUCCGGCCCGAAGAUGUCUCCGACUGCGCCUGAAACCGAAGCAUCUCGCUAAUUAUGAACAAAAACCUAUGGCGCCCUAUGGUAAAUUUUACGUGUACGAGCAUUCUUUUAUACAUUGACUAUACCGUUAUAAAAUAAAGCCCCCUACUUAUAGCCCCCCCUCCCCCGUUUAUAGGCCCAUCUACAAAAGAGUAUGUCCAGUUUUAGUAUAUACUAAAACAGUGGAUUGUGGUUUUUGCGCGCUCUGAUUGGCUACUCAAUCAGUGAAUAUCCUGCACUAUUCACUGAUUCACCUCCAGUUCCUCCAAGCGAGCGACGCCAACUCGCGUAAGUUGCGAGCAAAAUGCCUUCUCGGUUUCCUGCCGUAAUAUUCAAAGAAAUUUCAGAACUAAUCAAGCGAGCUGUUCCCGAAAUACACGAAGAAGGCAUAAAUUGCGUUCACUGCGACGAUCAUUUGUUCAUUUUCAUUUCAUUUCCGUAGUUCAUAUAUGAUUUAUUUCAUAUAUCAGUAACAAAACAGUUUUUAUUGUAUUGACCACCAACAUGGCACCUUGUCACGUGGUUGCAAUGGCUUCCCUUGGGGAAGGGAUAAGUGGCCACGUACUAGCCUUAAUUCUUUUUUAGUGACCUUGAUCUUACAUAAUUAAGGUUCUGUUAACAGUGCUGAUUAAUUUUCUACACUCGGACUAUGGUAACUGGUUUUUAUUUAGAGGGUGACCGCACAAUUAAUUUAUAUAGAUGUUCCACUGUAGUAACCUGCACUAGAAGAAGUUAGUUAGAGUUGAAAAUGUGUCUGGCUACACUUUCAGUAACGCCAAUGUAAUAAAUCCAAUCUCAGUUAAUACACAUUCGAGCGCUAUGUUAAUGCGCAUGCCCGUUUCAAAGAAAAUUUGUGCUUGAAGAAUAGUGAUUCUUGAUAUAAACAAAAAUGGUUUGUCUUUCCAAUUGUCAAAUGCGGAAAGUCAUUUGAAUUGCGAACAGAUUAUUUUCUUUAAGCUAUGACUACUUGGAGAUUUUCGACGAAAACAACAGGCCAAUUGGACCAAAAUACUGCGGAAGGCGCACUGGAAAAGAGAUUUAUGUCGGUGGAAAGCAAAUAAGGAUAACAUUUUAUUCAGGAAGAUGCUGCCAGGAGAGAGGAUUUCGUCUGUUAUUCAUUGCCAUUAAGCCAAGUAAGUAGCCAGGAUGAACAAGGUUUUUCUGUUUGAAUAACGGAAUAGAAUUGUCGUAAGCGAAAAUAACAACUUUUUGUGCUACGACUUUCAUCCACUUUCAGAGACAUUUAUAAUCUCAAAUUAGGAAAUGACAGAUAAAAACUGUCUAAAACAAUUCUUAUUAAUGAAACUGGCAUGAAUAUACUGUAAUGAACAGUAAACGGCAAGUAAAGGCAAAAAUUUGGUCAUAUGACCUAAAUUGACCUUUGCUGUUUGCCGUUAACGGAAUUUUUAAUCUCUCCUUUGAGAGUAAGAUCAUUAUAUCGAGACUCGAUCUUAGCAAUGUGGAGCAAAAGUCGUCCAGAAUAUAGCCUCCUUACAGCUGUCACUACGUCCUCGAGCGCACCCUAAAAUAAGAACAUUUAUAAGAGGUCUUUUAAAACAAUUGCAUUCACAACGUAAAAGUAAGGUAAGUCUACAACUGAAGUUACUAAUUAAUUUUUAAAGGGUUUUAACUUACCACUGCAAGGGCUAAGUUGAUAUAUUUUAAAUGGAAGGCAAGUUAGAUUUGAUUUGACAUGAGUUACACAUGUAGCGUUCACAAAAUUUAAAUAAUAAUAAAAAAAAACAUUCACUCGCAUUUCGAUACUGUCUUUCAUUACUUUUAGCUCCACCUAAGAUAAUUCUACCAGAUCCUGAUCCUGUUGUUCGAGCAUUCGCAGGAGCUUAUUUGUGGAUAUCAGUGACUGGAACUCCUUCCAUAUCCAUGAGGUUAAAAAAUGACACCUCUGUACUUGAACAUGGAACCAAAGAUAUUAGGCACUGGCUAACCAAUGAAGGAAGCUACAGUUGCAUCGCAGUAAAUGAUUACGGAAAUGUCACUAUUGUUAAUUUCAGCGUUGUCUUUAUUGGUGUGUAUCUCCUCUACUAUAUGUAAUCAUAAUCUCUCAUAAGUACUUUUUCUUGCAAUGCUAAGUUUUUUCACUAACUGAUUCUACCGUUUGAAACGCCAUUACAUACACUGCUUUUAAAUAUCCUCUAAGGCUAUAAAACCCGUAUAAAUUCUAAAACAACAGCAAGAUGUUUCCACUGACAUUUACUUUUUAACAAAUGGACAUACUGUCAUUGAUAAAAUUUGGACCAUGUGCGCAGCUUAUUUUCUAGAUUAACUACUCUAUCGUCAACUCCCGUGCACAGAGAGUGCAAAUGCAAAGAAUUAGUGUCGUUAGCAAACGAGGCUUGGUGCUAAAUUAAACACACAUGAGGGCUAUUUUGAGCAUAACUGACUUUAAUUCUAUGAUUAAACAAGGUUGUGUAUCGACUUAUAUACUAUUGUGAGAUCUGUAAAUCUGCCAUACAUUAUUUGGUCGAAUGCCGCUCUUUCUCUCUCUUUCAGGUUGCUUUAAGUAAUUCAGCUGACUGAAGACUUUGUAUUGUUUAACAAAAGAACAAAAUACGCUGUGUUAGAGAGGACUCAGGGGGGGGUGGUCCUUGUUGCUCUGUUCCCUUCAAAACUUUGCUUUUGGUUGAAAAAAAGAUCAUGCCCACACCAAAUCACCUAACCCUUCCCUCAAAAGUAAAAUGGUUGGUCCCCUAGAGUAAAUAUCAGUUCAGAGUUUGUGUGACUCUCUGUUGCAAGGACACGUAUUCACAGGUUCUUGUGCAGUUAGGGAAAAAUUGAAAUGUGAUAUGAUCCUUAGAUUAAAGUGUAAUCUUAAGAGUCGAAGCCGUUCGUACAACCACUCUCUUAAGUGACCUCUUGGAAAUCAGUUACCGAUUUGUUAUGUGCUUAGCACCCAAUCUCCCUGAGUGCACCUACCCAUCUGUGAGGAAACAGAAGGAAAAAGAGAACGAAGAAGAGGCGUUUAAACGAGAUAGAGACGUACAGAGGUGACGCACAACAAGUGCCUUUAAGUUGUUAAACUGUAUUUUUCCUUCAUUAUCUUCGCAUAGUAUUGUAGUAUCGUUCCCUUGAUUCGGAAAACCGUUUUAUGUUCCCCUGUUCCAAAUUGAGGAUAUUUUAGCUUUAAUCCCCUGUUCCCCAGCUUAAAUUUGCCAUGUUUCCUUGUUCCCCAAAACUCCUGGGAGACCCUCAUUAGUUGUACUAAAAUUGGUGUGCGGGAAAGAGGCUUUAAAUAAAUAUAUGAUGAAAGAUCUUUUAUUUAAGUUCUUACCUUUUUUGUGUUGGUUAUUUAGAUUGCAGACCUCAAUGUAGUACGUCAUGGACCCUUAUUAAUGGCAAUCACUUGAUGUGCAGAAAUAUAACGUCACUCACGCACAUUUUAAAGAAAUGUGUCCCUACGAUUACGCAAACCUUGUAAGAUAAGUUACUAGCGACCUUAAGAUUCUGAGACAAGAUUCGGAGUAGGAGAUUUUCUCAACACUAAGUAGUAAGCCAACAUCAUUUUGGCGAGAAAACGUGAUAGGCGUCGUCAUUCUACUAAGAGUUUUAGCAAGAAUGUCGUAGUGGCGGGAACAAGUUAUUCAAUUUUAGAAGUUUAAUCAUUUUGCGACCUGGAAAGGGCUAGACCUCCAAUAAAACUAACCGCAUUAAUUUAUCAGGUGAAAAAUAGUACAGUAAUCCUUUCCGGGUUGAAUAUUUUUCGAGAAAACUCGCACAUCCUCACCCAAAAUUCCUAAAGUACCCCCCGGACUCUUGUGUUCUCUACAGCGUAUAGGAAUCUGUAUAUCUCCAUUCAUUUCAUAUCAAAUAACUGUAACAUGAAAUAUUGAAGACAUGAAACCAUCUCAGAUACAUGUGUGUAGGAUGGGUUAGACCGUGAUUUUAUUUAACCUCGGUAGUUUUAUCAGCAUUAUAUUACCUAUAUCCAGCAGAAGCCUUAGAACUAUGAAGGUAAUUCUCAAGUAAAUGUUACAUUAAAGAAUAAAAGAAUAUCUGAACAAGGGCCAAGCAAAGCAAUUUUAGGACAAAGGCCUCGAUACAUUUAUCACUGGAAUUUUUUCUGACCUUUGAUAUACUAGCAUUUGUUGCUUGCAAAUAAUUCUAUCCUUACUAAUUUUCUGAUAACAUUAUACUAAAAGUAAUAAAAAGGCUUGUGUUAAUUAGGCCCACAUGCCGAGUAUUUUCUUUUUUUGUUCAACAGGGAUUUAUCUUCGAAUAAUAUCCAAAUUCUACAGAAAGAUGACUUUGCCAGAUUGAAAAAUCUGAGAGAACUGUAAGUUAAAGGGAUGCGAUCACGGUUAUGCGCAUGCGCGCCGUUUGUCUCUUCAGAAUAAAUUUGUCGGGUCAACACUAAAUUCGAAAUCGCCAUUACCGGUACAAUCAUUGAAAAUCCUUCGUUUUAUUCCGACAUCCGUCGCCUUGGCUGGCCUAGUUUUACUUCGGUAGUGGUGAUUAGCGUGUGGUUGUGUUGUUUGACUGGUUUCGUUUUAAAAAAACGCAAAAAAUAAUGUUUUGAUCAUGGAGGUUCAGAAGAGCAUCGUGGCCGUCCGGAAACAGGACGUUCACAAGAGUCUUUGAAGACAGAGAAGCUUAGCCGAUCGAUCUGGUAUGGUUCUAGGAGUACUGUGUGGCUUACGAAAAGAAUACACGACACUUGGAAAGUGGUUAAAGGCAUGAGUUCGUUCAACUUUGAUUUGAUUUUUGACUCCGACCUGUAGUUAUACCGCAACAGGCCGCCCGAUCUUCACCGAUCUGGUUCACUUGAAAUGUCCCUUGUAUCUUUGCUUUACGAUCGUAUAUGUUGAAGAAUUGAUGUUUUUAAAAUAAAUUAUUGCCUGAAUAUUCUGUUUAUAACCUAGUUUCUUUAUGUGUUCUACUCGAUAACACUUGUUUUGCGGAACACUGACCCGAUGCAACGCUAAUGGAUUUGUUCAUUUGCUGAUAAGCAAUUGAAAUUUAUGCUCAAUUAAGGAUAAUUUUUAUACUCAUACGUUGUGUGUUUUUGUCACCGGCCAGGCGCUAUUUGUAGGUAUUUCUGGGUUUAUAUAAGGCGAACUGAGAGAACAGUAAUAAAAUGUUUGUUUGCAAAUUUUGUUUGCCGAUCGGUGACUGCUUUGUUAGCGUGGGUACGACCUCGAAAAACUACACGUUGGUAAAUGUUCGUUUCAAAGCAGGACAAGGCUGUAAAUCUUAUUCUUAUCGGCUGCAACAUAUAUCUGAGGAGUAGCAAAGAAUAAACUUGAAUUAUGGGGAUAUAUAAAAUCAAACCAAAUGCCCGGAAAUACUCUCGCGUCGCGAACAAUGAAUUUGAAUUUUAUAAAUUUACUUGCGUGCAUCUAACUCGCUUCCGAUUGGUUUAAAAACAAUCAGCUACUGUCAGAACUCCCACAUGCGCAUUAUCGUAAACCAGUCCCUUUAACAGUAAUCUAUACCGCAGUCGGUAACAAUGACAAAACGCCAAACAAAGCAAACAGUAAGAGUUCUCCUGGCAGGAGUAGAGCCUCUGAACGUUUGGCUACUAAUCCAGAUGCUCUAUCAAAGGCCAUCGGUUUAAUGACCUUACCUUCCACGUUUCUCAUGUGGCUUAGUCCGAGAGCAUCUAUCACCACUGGUAACUAGCAGGUCAUAUUCUUGACUUCUGUUGGGAGAACAGAGAAGGCUCCCCUGUUACUGACCAGAAAACAUUGCCACAUAAUCAGGAGGCUGAUUUUCAAGCUCAGCUAAAAGAAGGUAUCAACAUUGUUAAUGGCAGUUUAAUUAUCCGGCUAUUACGAAUGCACAAUUUUAAAAUGUUUCCUACAGAAGAAACACUGACAUACAGUAGGCACCCUGACUAAGCAGUCAAAGUAUUGAACCUCCAAUCCGGAUGUACUUCGUUUAAGUCUCACCCUGACCGCUGGCUGAGUUUGUUCAGGGUCACCCAAGUUUAAAUCCUCGACCGCUCUUGUAAAUAACCACCUUAUCAAUAAGGUGAUACGUGAAUCACAAGAAGUGGAUCGUUACUAGCUUAAUAUCAAUCCCUUCCAACUUAGAAUCUCAGGUUAAGGAUUGGCACUGUUAGUUUUGGACUGCCUAUUUUCGUAGUUCGGUCUUAGUCCCGAAUGAAAAUCUUGACGGGGAAAUGAAUGCUAGAGGAAAGUCAAUGAAAUUUGUCGAUUGUAAGAAAUGGAGCAUGUUGUCGUCUUAAUCAGGGAGUAUAUACACCAGAAAAGCUUUCUCUCACGUCAAAGCUCUUAUCGUGAUUCCCAAUGACUGUUUCAGGCUCCUGUCUUCUAAUGCCAUUGGACUUUUGCCUGAGAGUGUGUUUGCCUCUCUUGAAAAUCUUGAACAUUUGUAAGUUAUUUUGUUCAAAUAAUUAUCUGUAGGAAAAGUUUUGGAACAUUUGCUGAUAUCAAAGGCUUAUUGUAGUCCAUUACAAUAUAUAGAUCUAGCCAGGGCUAAAAACGAAGCCUCCGUUUACAUAUUCAUAAUAUAAGCAAUUAAUUAAUGUGAUAAACUCUAAGCUACUAAAAAAAUCUUUUUGGGGAAGGGGCUGAGUGAUUACAGGAAAAAGGAUCCGGCAAAAUACCCGACAUGAAAACUUUCCCAUCAAACUAAGUCUUACGUUUACAGCCCAAAAAAAUCAUUUUAAUGCACGAUACUCUUUGGUAGCAGCCAAUUUACAGGUUACGAUUUCUAGAGUCAAUGUGGAGCUUUAGCAUUGCCGACGACGACGGCAGCGAAAACGUCACUUUUAAAAUGAAUUCGCGAUUCGUCAAACUCUGUCGCGCGUUUAUUCCAAUUUGCUGAAAAUGUCAAAUGUGUACAUAGGCGAAUUUUCUUUGGAGUUGAUUUCUUGGGGAAGGGGAAUUAGAUAUUCACAACUUAUGGGCGCGACUCAUAUGAAAAGCUAGGACGUUAAAAGGAAAGUACCGCAAACCUUGUAGUUUUUAUAACAGUGCACAAUUACGUUAUCUGACUUGUCACUGGGAGACCUUUUAAUGCACUUCUCCGUUGUUUUGAAUAUGCUACUGCUUACAGUAAAUUAAAGAGCAGAUAACCGAGACGGAAUAGGAGGUCGUCGUUACCAAUGUACCUACUGUUCCAGUUCAGUGGCCACAAUAUUGACCUGCGGGUUCUAAAAGAAUGGAAAGGUGCACUAAAUCGGAAAAUGCCCUCGCCCCUUGGAUAAUAACCUCUCGGCCUCAGACAUUACCUUAUACACAUGUAUAAUUAACACCAUCAAUCUAAAUUUAUAGCAUCAUCCACUGAAGGGUAAACAAAAUUUGGAUCAAUCCCGGAAAAUCUUGAAUGCUUGCUCGUUGAUUUUAGUGAUUUCUCAAAUUAUCCAGUAACAAAAUAUUUUAUUUUUAGGAAGCUGGUUUCAAAUAAGAUACCAAAGCUACCGGAAAGCAUUAAAAACCUGAAAAAGCUGGAAAUCCUGUAUGUAAAGAAACAGUAUAGCGGGAAACACGGGGAAUAUUAUUUUUGUACAUCUCUGAAAUACUACUUUUUAUCAUAUGGCUACAAUAGUACGCGCUCUUUGAUUGGCUGUUAAGCGGGAAAGAUUUCUUUUUAAUGACGGGGCAUUAUUCGCUAGGUGUCCAAAUUUAUACAAUCUGUUUUUGACUUGAUAGUAAACAUCCAUGCUCUGGUCUAAAAGGUAUCCGCUGACCAAUGUCACAUGACAGUAUCGCGGGCUUAAUUGUACAACUUAUUGAGGUCACGUGUUUUUUAAAGUUACCCACUGACCAGUUAUAGGCCAGAUAGGCCUUUGGCUGAAAUAUUGAUAUAGAUAUCGCUGACAGCGUGGACGCUUGUUGUGAGAAUCCCGUAGGCCCUCAUUUAUCGAGACGGGCGGACUCGAUCGAUUUCUUGAUCAUGUGACGCAUGCUUUAAAAAUGUUCAACUUGUUGAUCAUUUAACAGUUAGCGUGGUUAGUAAUGCAUCAAAUAGUGAGAGUCUGAGAUGAUACUGAGAAUUUGAAGAGGCAAAAGAGUUUGGAUCCACAUUACAUAAGCAAACGGUUUACAAAAAAAGAUCGAAAGAAACAGGGACAGCAUGGCAGCGAAGUUUCUUGUUUAGAUCAGCUACAAAACAAUUAUUGGCUGAGGUUUUGUAAUAUCCGGAAUAAUAGAGGUCGACGUAGGUGUUGAUAACGCUUACCGAGAACUUGAUUAUUUGGAUAUCACAAAAACGGAAUCUUAAAAUCGUUUUGUGGUACAUUGUUUUGAAGAAAAUAACGACAAACACACUUUCGCAAGGAACCUGAAUUGAUAUUGUUAUUGGAAAUCAUGCACUACGCGCGCAACCUACAGAUUAGUCAGUUAUCUGUUAGCAGCUAACUAACUAAUAUGUAGGUUGCGCUGAUUUCCAAAAUUUUGCUUUUAGCCAAUGAGAAGACAGAUAGUGUGUACAAUGUAUAAUAGAUUUAUGAUAAAUUGAGGAAUUAUGUGACUUAAGAGGCUGUCUCAGUAAAAAACCGCCCACUCAAUUUCGGGUGACAAAUAAUUUUGCCUGAAACUCUGGCGAGUGAAAGGCUUUAUCGAGACUAUAACUAAAAUAGGUUUGCUUUGAUUCACAAUAAUUUUCUGGCCGCGCUGGGGGGCGCCGAGUAUUUUGUCCCGCCACGGCCAUUUUGUACGUCUUGAAAACUGAAAAUUUGGCAUUUUUUGCGGCGCUGUAAAAUGUUUGAUUUGCACCAUCUAUCAAUGAGUUUUAUACCUAUUUAUAGGUAAACAUCUCUAGUUUUUCCUGAAAGUAAUAGUUCUCUGCUAAAUUUAGCUGGAAAGACGAAAUCGUGCAAAAUAUGACCCCAACUAAUUGCCUUGGAGCGAAAGGCCAAAAAUUACCCUGUUUUAAAAGCUUAUUUCUGACUUUUGGGACAUAGUUGAAAGCUCUAGACUAAAUAGACGCAAAGAUAGACCAUCUGUUAUUAAUAACAUACAAAACCCCAUGUACGAUUUCAGUGUUUUAAAAGUUAUGACCGUUUGUAUCAACGCGUAUGCGAGCUAAUACGAUAUUUUCAGAUUUAGCGUAACGGAUCUACCUCAAGCAUAUUUCGUCAAAAGUACGGCUUACCUAAUUCAUUACUGGCACUGACUCACAAAUUGAGCCAUAUUCCAAUCCCUGAGAUGCCGGACUCCAUAAAAUUCCAGUAAAUGUGCUUUAGAAACUGCCGGUAUGCGGCCAUUUUUGAAUCCCAUGCUAACAAUCCGACGCUCAAAACAGGUGAAACUGUGUCACGUUUCGAGCUAAAUAGCUCGGUAAAACAACCAUUCAGAGGUGAAAGUUUGCUCGAGAAUCAGAAAAUCAACUAGGCAAGUCUCAUUUUGGAUCAGAAAGUUGAGAUUUCAGAGCUACAACCUCGAAUAAACCUUCUAUUCAACCGGCUCUGCAAGGUCAAAUGCAGGUUGACACGUAAACCGGAAAAGUAGAAACCCGGAAAUAGGGAAAACCGGAAAUGCGGAAAUCCGGAUCAUCCGAAAUCGGCAAAUAUGAAAUCAAUUAGAAGCCGAAGGCAUUUCCAACAAUUAGAGACAGCUGCAUUCGUUUAGGGCUUCUUUUCGACGUUGAGACGCGUAAAAGAUAAAACCUUCCAAACCGGCGUAGCUGUUUGAUUUUCACUGAACUGAAACGCAGUUCCCAGAAACAGUAAAUAUCAUUAACAUUGAGUGAAUGGGAGAAAACCUUCUUCAAAUUUUACUGAUCCUCUUCCUGAAUCUUCUCCAGUCCCUUUGACUAUUUUUGCAACAGGAACUAGAUUUUCCUCUUCCGUCUCCUCCCAAACUUUACGUAAUUCAUUACUGGCACUGACUAAAAAAUUGACCAAUAUUUCAUUCAAAAUUCUAGUCAAUGCGCUUUUGAAACUGCUGCUAUGCGGCCAUAUUUGAAUCCCAUGCUGAAACUACCGUAAAAUUCCGAAAUAAGCCCCUCCAUGUAUAAGCUCCCCCAAACUCGUAACACAAAAAACCCUCCGUGAAAUCGCCCCUCCAAUAUAGGCCCCACGGGAUCUUGUGCUUGGAAAAUUGCCCUCAAAUACAAAGUAAAACAAAGCAAAAACGGUUAAUUUCCUUCCAACUAUAAGCAAGCCCAGUCGCUUUUGAAACGCAAACUUCCCUCCGUACAUAAGCUCCUACGAAUAUAAGCCCGUGCAAAAAUAAGCCCCUCAAAAAGGGCCUUUGAAAAAUAUAAGAACCGGGGCUUAUUUUCGGAAUUUUACGGUAUGUCACGUUUCGAGAUAAAUAACUGGGUAAGAAAGAAAAUAAAACAAAUGUCCGGAGGUGAGACUUGUCCGAGAAUGAAAACAUCAGCUAAGCAGAUUUCGUUUGGGGUCUGAAAACCCAAAUUUGUCGACAAAUGUAGGAUUAUUUUUUCGACCAUUUAACGGUGUUUUGUAGCUUAUCUUAAAACAAAGUGUCUUAGUCCCUUCUCGGCCAUAUUGCGUCGGAUUUUUGGUCUACAACAAGGGUCGCGCCUAAGACUUGCCACUAGUGUUACCAUUCGGUGUUAAUAUUGGUCUUAAGGUCUAAACAUGCAUACAGACUUAAAUCCUUUGUUAAAGCUACUGUAGAUUAAAUGGGAGUUUCUUGCAACCAUACCCUAUAAUACUAAUAUACUAAUAAGCCCAGACAACCAAGCUGGCUCGGUUUCCUAGAUCUCGACACAUUCAGUUUCGAUAUAUAGCCAACUUCUGUAAAGUAUUAGUCACAGGUGUGAUAAGUUAGCGCACAUAGAAUGUUUAUAACCGGUUAAUGAUAUUUACUGUUUGUUAUGGAGCCUAUUUGCCAAACGCAAUCGAUCGUGGAACUGCGUUUCAGUUCAGUGAAAAUCAAACAGCGACGCCGGUUUGGAAGGUUUUACCUUUUAUGUGCCUCAACUUCGAAAAGAAGCCCUAAACGAAUGCAGCUGUCUCUAAUUGUUGGAAUUGCCUUCGGCUCUUGAUUGAUUUCAUAUUUGCCGAUUUCCGGAUGAUCCGAAUUUCCGCAUUUCCGGUUUUCCCUAUUUCCGGGUUUCAACAUUUCCGGUUUACGUGUCAACCUGCAUUUGACCUUGCAGAGCCGGUUGAAUAGAAGGUUUAUUCGAGGUUGUAGCUCUGAAAUCUCAACUUUCUGAUCCAAAAUGAGACUUGCCUAGUUGAUUUUCUGAUUCUCGAGCAAACUUUCACCUCUGAAUGGUUGUUUUACCGAGCUAUUUAGCUCGAAACGUGACACAGUUUCACCUGUUUUGAGCGUCGGAUUGUUAGCAUGGGAUUCAAAAAUGGCCGCAUAUUAGCAGUUUCUAAAGCACAUUUACGGAAUUUUAUGGAGUCCAGCAUCUCAGGGAUUGGAAUAUGGCUCAAUUUGUGAGUCAGUGCCAGUAAUGAAAUAGGUAAGCCGUACUUUUGACGAAAUAUGCUUGAGGUAGAUCCGUUACGCUAAAUCUGAAAAUAUCGUAUUAGCUCGCAUACGCGUUGAUACAAACGGUCAUAACUUUUAAAAUACUGAAAUCGUACAUGGGGUUUUGUAUAUUAUUAAUAACAGAUGGUCUAUCUUUGCGUCUAUUUAGUCUAGAGCUUUCAACUAUGUCCCAAAAGUCAGAAAUAAGCUUUUAAAACAGGGUAAUUUUUGGCCUUUCGCUCCAAGGCAAUUAGUUGGGGUCAUAUUUUGGUUGAUUUCGUCUUUCCAGCUAUAUUUAGCGGAGAACUAUUACUUUCAGGAAAAACUAGAGAUGUUUACCUAUAAAUAGGUAUAAAACUCAUUGAUAGAUGGUGCAAAUCAAACAUUUUACAGCGCCACAAAAAAUGCCAAAUUUUCAGUUUUCAAGACGUGCAAAAUGGCCGUGGCGGGACAAAAUACUCGGCGCCCCCCAGCGCGGCCAGAAAAUUAUUGUGAAUCAAAGCAAACCUAUUUUAGUUAUAGUCUCGAUAAAGCCUUUCACUCGCCAGAGUUUCAGGCAAAAUUAUUUUUCACGCGAAAUUGAGUGGGCGGUUUUUUACUUAGACAGCCUCUUAAGGUGUGAAGCUGUUGUAAUCAAGUAAAGUUGUUCUUCUUUUACAGGGAUUUCGCCCACAAUGCUUUAACAACUAUUCCUGGGCGAAUGUUUUCUAACCUAACGUCCCUGUACGGAUUGUAAGUUACCAGUGUCAAAUGUGACGAUCAAACAGAAGGGACUAAAACUUUGGAAACAAAGAACUGAUUGGCAAGGGUUGCAAAAUUUGGAAUAAAAUCUUCUCGUUAACGACUGUUUAAUCGUCUUACCUAUGUAUCAAUUAUUUUAUUGGUCUUUUUUUGUUAUGUUUUUAACAUUUUGCCUCUUUGAUGCUUUUAUAAUCACGUCAGAUAUUCACUGCCUAAAUUAAAGUAAUUUAACUAUUGUCCCUUACAUUGCACUUCUGAGUCACUUAUCAUAACGUCGUCGCAAAUUAAUUCCUAUUUGCCCCCACCUGUAUGAAAAUUUUAACAGUAACCUCGUUUUAUUCACACCUGCCAUGCUUGAAAUCAAAGCUCUGUGACGUCAGCUGUGUCUGUUCUCCGACAGAUUACUGAGGAUCAAUCAAUGCACGCGUAUUAUAACGCGUAUUCAGUAUGUUGUAUACAAUGGAACCCCGUUAAUACGAGCGCCUUCGGCGCACGGAAAUGUGGUCGUAUUAACGGGGUGGUCGUUUUAACGAGGUACGGUCACAAUAUGGUGCAACACGCUUUAAAAGGGUACUGCGCAUGAAUACCUUUACUUCCGCUAUAAAUCGACAUUUUUUCAACUUGCCACCGCAAUUUAUUCCAACUCAACAAUAUGUAACAAUGACGUCUUUUAGUUCCUUCAUAUUACAGGAUAAGGCCUCUUUUGAAAAGACCCAUUCUCUAUAUAUUCCCUAUAUAUUCGAGGAACCAGACUUUAUAUAUUCUCUAUAUCAAUUAAACAUGCUAUUAAAACCAUUAUACUACUACAUGAGAAAUUUCUGCAAUUUGAUUGGCUUAGAGCAGUGGUAGUUCACCUUCAUUUGAAAUACCUACAUGUGAAAAUUACAAACCUUUUGCGGAUAGUAGUAUAAACAUAUAAUAGCAUGAUUUGUACGUGAUAUUUGGCAUAAAUAUCACUUGUGAUAUUUCAAAAUUGUCUCAAAUUUCGUAUAACAAUUCUGAAAUAUCACUCGUGGUAUUUAUGCCAAAUAUCACUACAAAUCAUGCUAUUACCUAUACCAAUAAUGUCUGCCUAAAAACAUUCAAUUAGCGGGAUAAUUCUACAAGGAAAAUAAUAACUGAAGACUCCAAAAGGUGUUCGUUGGUCGUAGUAAUGGCGUUUUCAGAUAACAGAAUUUGUGGGCUUUUCUGAGGGCUACAAAAAGUGGUCGUAAUAAAGGGGUGGGCGUAAUUAACCGGGUGGUCGUAUGGUAAGCUGAUCCUCCGUAGAAGAAAGAAAGAGCACUGUGAGAUCACAUCAAGUUUUAGAGCGUUAUUAUAUGACAUCAGCAAGGCCAUGCUGUUUUGCGGAAAACUUUUUGUUAAAAAAAAAUGAUAGUAAGUAGAAUUGAAAUAGCUUUGACAUAGGAGUCCCAAACCAAUCUGUAAAAUCUGGACUCUUUUGAAUGCCAUUUGCUUAACCGUUGACCAUGUGAGUGAAAGUGCUUUUAUCAUCAAUGUUACUUUUCUUAAUUUUUGACAGGUAUUUAUGGCAUAACCGUAUAAACGUUUUAUCUAAAGAAGCAUUUAUCAAUUUGAAUUACCUGGAAUUGCUGUAAGGGGACAGAUUUAUACCUUAAUUCAAUAUACUUGACAUGGUUCAGGUUAUAGUCAAUUUUUUAAAUACAGUAGAGCAACAGUGUCCUUAAAGGCAAUGAUGUAAAGCUACAAUCACCUACAAAACUGGUUGACACGUAUCUUGCCAUGCACUUUAUUUAUUUGAGUGUCAAUGUAUUUAGCUCGAAAGUGCUAUUUGGGGACACUAUAUUUUUACGUCUCCUAAUGGAGACGGGACCGCCAUUUUACGUGGUCACCAGAGCCACGCGAAGGUCCAGCUGCCUGCGGGGCAAACGGAGUACCUUCAUUUCUCAGUUAUUUUAAGACCCUGAGUAUUGGUCCGGCCCCGGGAAUCGAACCCGCGACCUCCAGCUCUGCAGUCAAGCACUCUACCAACUGAGCUAAUCCUGACGCGGUUAAACAUAACAUAAUAACCCCUCUCCCUAUGUAGUGUUUCAUAUUAGGCAGCGGCGUACACUGCAAAACAAACCAGGAAACUGUUGGGGAGGGGCCAUAUUCAGAAGUAUCAAAAGAAGCCAAUUCUACCUAAUCAUAAAGCCGAUUACUUAGUACACUUAAAUCUGUCCGUCGUGGUCAUUCCGGAGAAUAUCAGCGAUAGUGUUAGAAGCACUCAAUCUCGCUGACAUUUAACAACCUGCUGGAUGUUUCCCGAAUGUUAAGCAUUUUACACCUUUUUUUAACUUAAAAACGCCAUUGAAUUUAAGCUAUAAGUACUACAGUAUACAUUCCUUUCUCCUUUAACCCUGCAGACUUUAAUUCACGUUCAAUACACACAGCUGUACAAACUACUGAUUGAGGCAAAGAUCUCAUUGGUUAGCGAAUCACUAUCAAAAUUUUAAUACCUCUUAAAAUACGUCCUUAUUUUGAGAUUUCUAGGACCUUUGGGGCUCCCACCCAGUUUGCAUCGUCUCUUUUAUGAUAUUGUCUAUUUGAAUACCAUAAUCCAAUAACAUAAAAAACCCGCGUUUCUUCUCGUUUCUGCUAAUAGUCUACUAGCAACGACCCUGUACGCAGCAAGAGGCAUCUAGAAUCUAGUAGGUCUUCACUUUAUUACAUAAACCUUCAGUCAUGUCAAAUGAAGAUUUGUGGUUCCUUUUUGUUACAUGUAGGUAUUUGUCUUCAAACGCCCUUACAUCAUUACCCGAAGGAGUAUUCGCGAGUCUAGAGCGACUAGCUAUGCUGUAAGUCGCGCAAAACUGUGGCUUUUUUCUCGCCGGUUUUAGAUGAGUUUGUAGUUCAGUUUCUUUUGAUAAUUAUGAUUCAUGUUAUGUUUCUUACAAGGAACGCAUCAAAAGUGCAGCUGGAUAUUCAAAGCGGCAAUGUCAUGAUGAUAUUGCUGGCUCUGGUAAAUUCUGUGCUGAAGUCGUUACUUAAUGCCUUUACCCAUACACAAAAUACUCCUGUAGAGUUAUCAAGUCGAUUUCAUUGAAUUUCACCAGGGAACACUAACCUAGCCUGAAUUUCAGACGUUCCCUCAAAUCGAGCAUACUCCAGAGAGGGAUGUCUGAAUCGCCAAACAGUCGCAUAUGUUAUGUAAAAUUAUGAGAAGUUUAAAGGGGACUGUCUUUGAUAUUCAGCGGAUCGCAUGCGCUGGUGGAGCUCAAACUUUCGACAAUCUUUUUUGUAAACAGCAAAAUAUUUGUUAAACUGAACUACGAAUGAAGAACCAAUGUGGCUGUGAAUGGCGGCACAUGAUAGCCGUGGCGAUGAACAUAACAACAAAACGUUUAAUCAUACACGAGGCUGAAUCAACUCACAAGUACCAUCACAAACAUCCGUUAGAAAGCUUUAGAAAUCCGUAACACGAGAAAGAAAAACUGAAACAAAACGACUUACAAAACACUUGGGAAACUUGAAGAAAACCUUAGUGAAACUUCAGGUUAUUUCACGGUGGCCUCGUGCUCGCCAAUCCCGAGGCCCCGUGCGCAUGCUCCUAAUAAACAAGGGGGUAAGCCCGCUGGUCAGGAUACCAGCAGUUACAAUCAAUGCGAAAAAACAGUGGGUUUCAUUUAGAGACGCUUUGCGCUCAGUUUCGGCAUUGAUUUCGUUUAUGCGGAACAGCAGUGAUCUGUUUUUGGGAGAUUUAUAAUAUGCUUGUGUCGAGUUAGCAAAUUGUCGAACUUCCUGUCAUUUCCAAUGUGAAGUGUAAUGUUUCUCUUUUUUGCUUUCUUUCUGUCUGUCUUCUUCGUUAAGGUUGAUUUAUAAGUGCAUGUGAUCGAGUUUUAUUUUUGAAUUAUGUCGCCAUUCAUGCAGAAGAUUCGUUCAUAAUGCUGUAUGUAGUUAACAGUCUGCACGUUGAACACAUGACGACUCAAGAGUAAAACAGCUCUGUACCAUGUAAACCUACCUCUCCGGACGACAUUUCUUAGUUUGCCGAAAAUCUUUUUUUGCAUGACUUUCCUUCCGGGAGUAUAUGACUCAAAAGGGACGUUUGGAGUUCAGGCUUCCACUAACCAUAAUAUUGUUUUCGGUGAUUUUUGCAGGCGUGGCAUUAGAACUUGAAAACGUUGGCUCGUGCAACUUUUUGAAGUCUCAAUCAAUGCCCAUCCUUCCUAUCCCUUGCAAAAGACGACACGAAAUAGUUCCAAUGCCUAAAUAUAGUCUUGAAUAACUGAACUGGACCAUUAUUUUGGUACUCAAUUGUGGCAUAAAAUUAUAGCACAUUAUUAUUGGGACAUAUCCAUAAUAAGCUAUUGGGUCUUUUUCCUGAAUCGCGAAACCCAUUAGCCAUGUAUUCGCUGUAAUAACCACAUGUUAUCUUAAGUUUAAAAUAUGUCAUUUGAAUAACUUCGCAGAUAUUUGUCUUCAAACGCUCUAAGAGUGACCUGAAGGGAUGUUUGCUAACCUGAGCAAUUUAGAACUACUGUAAGUAAGAUUAACUGAACUUUGUGAGCCUAGCUUGCAGAAAAAGUUAACUGUUCUUCCAUAUAAGCAGACUAUUGUUUUGAAAAUAUCCGCACAGUGCAUUGUGCUUUUAAGCACAAUGCAAGUUAUCAGGACUGCCACGCGGUUUUAAUAAACCGAAAAACCGCGUGGCAGUCCUGAUAACUUGCUCUUAGGAUGUACUUGUUGAUAAACUUUCGUCUCAUCUAUUUUUGUUGAUCAUGUUUUAUUUUUCAUUUUAAAUAUUCGUAUUUUCCCUUUUACUAGAAUUUUUUUUUUAAUUUUAUUUAUUAAACAAAAGUACGUUACAAUACUUACAAUUGUGCACUUAGAUAAAUGUUCCUGUAUUGGCCAUUAAAAUACUUCUAUCGAUUACACAUAUUAAAGCUAAAGUAUUACAUUAAUAUACAUAUAAAGCUGAGAGGAGGGUGGCACUAUCAUGUCAAACUUCUAUUUCAAGCUGCAUAAUAAAUUUAGAUAUAAAUUCAGAGGUGUCUGUUUUCUUUUGCAUUGAUUUACGUUCGUUUGACAUGAUUGCGUAAUCCCCUUACAUUCAGUGAUAGGAAUUUGAUAAGUGUCAUACUGUAUUAUCACCUAAAAUCUUACACUAAACUUAAAUGCACAAUAGUUAUGCUAAUAUAAGGUUACGUCAACUAAACUCAACAGCAACGAAUUAAUCAAAAAAAAGAAAACAAACAAAGAAAAAGCAACAGAAUAGAAAAUAAGAAAAAGCAAAAAGAAAAACCUAACUUUACAACAAAAACUAAUAAAGUACAAAAGUUUUUUAAGAAAAAUACGCUUAAGAGACUAACCUUCGUACAAUCUAAGCCUAUGGCGAAAUCGACCUCCCGUAAUUAUUGCAUGGAUGUUUGUUAAGUAUUUAUAAUUCAUCAAGAUCAUCUUCAGAGUAAAUUCUAACAGGAUUACCUGAUGGUGAAGUUUUAACAAAGACCUUUCCGUCUAGUGUCCAAACACUUGAUAAAAGUCCAUCAGCCUUCAUAUCAUUCGCUUGUCUUACUAAGUCUGCCCUAUAAGGUGUGAGGUUUUCGUUGAUAAAUAUACGGUUUUGCUUUGUUGCUGCUGAGGCAUAACUGGGAUAUAAAUCUGAUAUCCUUACUGACUUCAAUUUCGUUCGCUCUUUAUGUAGCCGAGACUUAACUUUAUGGCUACAAAAUUUUACAAUUAUAGGCUUCAUACCAUUUUGUCGUCUUAGCUUGUGAGAGAUUUCGAUGUCCUCCGCAGCAACAGGGACAUUAACAGCCUCAGCUACCUUGAGAACAACUUCUUCCGUUGAGGUGUAAAUAUUUUCCGGGAUACCAUUUCGAGGGGGUUUUUUCUCGAAUAUUGCUCGAGGUUAUCAAGCGAUUCAAUCAACGAGUCGAUCCUUUCCGUCUGCUCGUUUAGUUUUGUUUUAGUCCCAAGUAGUUCUUUCUGAAGUAGAGCAUUUUGCUUGUUAGCCUUAUCAAGAGACGCUUUAAGCUCCUUGCGUUCACGUUCAUUGGAUCUCUUUAGCUCCUCCAUGUCUUCUCUAAAUUUGACGUUUUCACUCGAGAUGCUCGUAAUUGGGGACUGUAUAGAUGACAGCAUCAGUUUAAUUUCCAGCAGAGUUGGUUCUUCUUCAGAGGAGUCCUCGCCGCCGAAUAUAUCUUCUUCCCCGGUUUCCUUCAUGUUUGGCUUCUUGGCGGAAUUUUCAGCAGAACCUGAGCUAGAACCCAGGUCACCUCGUUUGUUUUUCCUCGAAUUUGCCGACAUUAUGGACGUUGAAACAAAGCAAGCAAUUUGACAGUAAAAACAAGAGCAAAAAAGACAAGAACCCAACGAAAUUCUGGAUUUGGGGAGUCGAAUUUCGCGCUGCUUAGAAAACACGUCCGUCCGUCCUUUUACUAGAUUAUAUUUGUUUCCUUUUGACGAGGAUGAAAAAAUCAAUAAAAGUAAUGUGGAAACAAAAAGUUGAAACACCUUAUAAUAUACAGUAGUUUAAACUGGUGGAAUUUAACCGAUAAUAAUAAUAAAAAAAAAACAAGAAAAUUGGACCCUAAACUGUUGACUAAUACCGUAAAAUUCCGAAAAUAAGCCCCUGCAAAUAUAAGCCCCCCAAACUCAUAACGCUCCUAACCCUCCGUUAGAUCGCUCCUCCAAAUAUAAGGCCCCCGGUGGCUUGUACUUGGAAAUUGUCCUCAAUUUCACAAAGUAAAACAAAACCGAAACGGCAAAUUUCCCUCCAACUAAAAGGCCGCCCAAUCGAUUUUGAAAAGCAAAUUUUCCCCCGUACAUAAGCCCCUCAAAACGAGAGCCUUUGAAAAAUGUAAGCCCCGGGACUUAUUUUCGGAAUUGUACGGUAUUUAAGGUGGCUCGACUGGAUUUUUUUAGGGGGAUACCUCCCAAGUUUGAGCCUUAACUACGUCGGCAUGGGUAAAGAUAUGGAAAAAAAGUUACCACAACUGUAUUACAUAAAGAUGAAAAUUUCUUAUGAUCUGGGUUUUAUUGCAAUCGGAGUCGCCAUGGCAACGUAAUGACGCCAUUACGUUUUUCAUUUAUCCUUGUGUUUCUCUCUACCAGGAGUUUUUCUUAAAAUAUUAGCGAAUUGUGCGGCUAGCAUGCUAUUUCGCUGCUUUGAUGAUUCUUAAAACUGCAUUUCGAAAUAUCUCGAAAACGCUCUCAUAGAAUUUCUUCAAACUUUGCCAUAAUGGAGGCGAUUAUGGCAGGUGCAUACUCCCUUAAGCGAUUUCUUCAAAAAACUCCUGGUACAGAGAAACACAACGAUAAAUGAAAAACGUAAUAGCGUCAUUACAUCGCCAUGGCGACUCCGAUUGCAAUAAAACCCAGAUCAUAAGAAAUUUUCAUCUUCAUAUAAUACAGUUGUGGUAACUUUUUUUCCAUAUCUUUACUCAUGCCGACGUAGUUAAUGCUCAAACUUGGGAGGUAUCAACCCCAAAAAAUCCAGUCGAGCCACCUUAAAUUACAGUAAAGUGAUGUAUACUACAACAUUUCGCCAUUGGAACACCUCCGAUAACACUCCUUGUAUGCCCUUAAAGUUUUGAAUAACCUCUGUCAGUUUAAAUUUCUCCUGGGUAUUGAAUGUCCCUGGAGAAAUUGAAGACAAUGCUUAUGCAAUUUUUUUUGGCAAACAAGGCGCCUUAUGGGAGACAUGCAAAUGACUAAUUUUGAUUUUUUCCCCAGAGACCUUUCGUUGAACAAAAUAAGGGAACUAUCUGUAGCUAUCUUUGUCAACCUCGGUGAACUAUCUAGAAUGAAAGUAAUAAAAAACAAAGCCUACAAUCAUUCAAUAAAUUUUAGAAAAAAAUGCAAAGGCACUAAUGUUAUCAUCAUCACCAAAUUUAGUGGCAUUUUUGAACAACAAGAACAAUGCGAUUUUUUUGAUUGAAGGAUGACACUGGCAGAAAUGCUCAUUAAGACAAAUUAGACGUAGGAUAAUAGCGGAGCUCUGGCGCGCGAAGCGCGCCUGCGGAGCACCAUGGGUAAGUAAAUCUACCCAUCCGAGAAAAUUUGGUAAUCACGUGACCGUACACCGCCCGCAGCCCGCCCGCCCGUCCGUCCGUACCACAGGAGAACCAAUGUUCAAUCUCACACUUUCUAGCUAGUUUGGUAGCACAGGAAGACUGAUAUUGCACACAUAUUGUACAUGAAUGUUGUGAUCAAUUGACAGUUGUCAAAACAGGGUAUCCGCUGAUCAGUAUCACCUGACCGUAUCGUGGGCUCAGGUGUCGACCCAUCGAGGUCGAGUAUCUUUUUGAAGUUAUCGGCUGACAAGUUACUAGUUUUCAAAUGAUCGCAGGCUCAAGUUUAAUUUUUUUUGAUUCAUAUAAAAUAUGUUGUGUUUUUUAUGUGUCGCACAAUUAAAAUUUUGAUUUCAAACUGACCUCGGAGGCUAAAAUUCAGCCAGUUUUUACAGGCAGGGAAGACAUGCCAGUUGCUUUUGACUUUACUCAACAAGGUCACGCGUUGGUCACGCUCUACGUCCAAUUUUUAUGCUCUGAUUGGUCAAAAUUUGACAGGUGAGUUCAUGCGGAAAAUUUAUGCAGCCUCUUGAAACUUGUUUACUUUGACAGCUGAAGCUGACAGAGUUUUGUGUCAACUUGUGAUGUUUUUAACUAUCUUUCUCCGCUGAAUGUACAAAAUGAAAUUCUGCUGCUAUCAAGAGUCUUCUGUUAUUCAUAGCUAGUUUGUUUAUUGGGUUUUUGGUUGAAAAAUACGUCGCUUGUGAAAGACGGAAAUCCGAUUUCGGAUGGCAUCGUUUUCCUUUUUCACCUUGCUUGAUGCGUAAGAGGGUUGAAAAGUCUGAAGCGAUUCUGGCCUUACUUGAUAGUUUUCAGAGCAUCUUGAAUGGUAAGCCUGAGUAAUUAUUGUAUUUGAUGUUUGUUUUUUAUAUCUAAUUUAAUGAAGUCGGGCGUAGUUUAUGCACGUUUGUAAGAUUUGAGACAAAGAUCGAUCUGACCUAGUAUCAGGUUUGAUUAUAAGCUUAUAGAACUUUAAAAAGCCUUUAGACAUUUUCUCACCUCAAAUAGAAAGAAAACGUUCCAAAGAAUAUUUAGUUAUAAUUCUGGCUGUAAAAGAAAGCUUUGAGCGAUUUUCCUGCCUCGAGUUCAUCUUUGAAAAAAGCAAACGCCGGGAAGCCGGCUUAAAAGAUAAACAAGGAUUUUCAGAGACACUUUUAACUUGUCUUCGUGAAUGAAAAUUGUUGUCUCUGUAUAUGUUUCACCGAAUUAUUAUCCUUUUAUUGAUUGUUCGUAGUCUUUUUUGCAAUUUUAAUCGCUGUGCCGUUUGUUUUCUGUCGCUCACGAACAUCGCUUGCAGGAGUAGUCAAAAUGCCGCGUGUAUCAACGCUUUUGAAGAUUACACAUAUUUAUAAAACCGUUAAAUAAAGAAAUAAACAUAAUAAAUUUUUUAUCAUGUUAAAGCGUAUAACUCUAUUAAUCUUGAUUUAAACAGUGGACUUUGGCGCUUGUUAAAAGUGAGAACCGGCAAGCCGUAUAGGUGAUUUUAGAAGUUUUUUUAACGGUUUCGGUAAAAGCCCACGCGUGCUUCGAUCGACCUGAAUGUUGAAUGAGUACAAUUUUUAUUGCAAAAUUGUGAUCUGUCCGAGGUCUGUAUGAUAAAAACAGUGUCUCAUGGUACUGUUUCACCUCAGAUAAAAAGUAGAAAAGGUUGGUUUACACGUCCCCAGAAUUGUUAGCAAGAUUUUGUCAACUAAAUUGUAAACUUGUCGAACGCAAAAAAUUGGGCCUGAUUUAUUUUCCGAGAAUUUGUUUUCCGGGCCUAAUCUACUGUGAUCAAGAGCCAUUAUGGCUCUUGAAUGUGAUCGAAGAUGAUUGCUAUUUUUUGGGUGUACAUAUAAGGCUAUCAACUCGAUGUAAGAUUAAGUUCACUCUUAGCUUGGACUGUUUGCAAAUUAUUUUUCUCUAAAAUCACUUAGCCUUUCCCUCAAAAGUCACUUGAAUGUGCUCUAAAGUUAACUGAUUUGUAAAAUACAAUUGCAAAUUUAUUGUUUGAUUUAAAUUGUAAAUUCGAGUUAAUAGGAGCUUCGCUUUUAGCCCUGGCUAAAUCUAUAUAUUACUUAAAAGAAUGUGAAACCACUGAUCAGGGAGACGACAACAUUUAACGUAACUAUCUUCCAUUUCUAGCCAUCUCCCUUUCGGGUUGAAAGCGCUUCCCAUUCGAAAAGUCUCAAAAAAUGAGGAUAAUGGAUUUUUUGAAAAAUGGAGCCAGGGAGGUGAGAAACAGGCAGCCGUAUAUUAUUAGCCCCGUUUUUUCGGUCCCUACUGUAAAUUACGGAUCCUCGGUUUUUUUUCCAUCGAUGAAAAAAACUCGGUCCGUAAUUUACAGUAUGGACCAAAAACUCGCCUAAUAGGAGGUAUUUAUAUUGUAUAUCAGAUAAAAAUGAUAAUAAUAUUUGGUUCUGAUAUUAACAACUCACUUGCAAAGGAAGAAAUGACUACCGGCGAAAGGUACUGCUUAAUUCUACUGAUUUAUUAAGCUUUGUUUUCCGUAGAAAUAUUUCAUCAAACGCCUUAUCCGCGCUACCGAAAGACGUCUUUGCUAAUCUAACAAGCCUGUUUUCACUGUAAGUGGAAACCUACUCCUCGCAUAUAUUUUGUAUCCUACAUUAGUAUUUUUAUUAUUGUUGUUUUUGACAAACAAUUUUCGUCGUGUUUAUCAAAUUUUCUGGGGAAAAACUCUCCUUUAAUGGCAAAUAAUCGGAUUACUCGGGUGCUACACACGUGAAGGCGAAACUUGGUACGAAGGUCAUGCCUUACUCUGGCUUCUCAUUGAACGAAGAUUUAUCUUAUUGAUAUUAAGAACAUUCUUUACGCCUCUGAUUGGUGGAGACGUCAAUGGCGUAUAGAAAAUUCUUACAUGCUUUUCAGUGAGUACAUCUGAGUAUGUAUAAAGUGUAAAUAACACUCAUUUCUUUCACGGGAGCAUAUGAACCCACAAUUGACCUGCUCCCAACGUCAGUGGCUUCAUAGCUCAGUUGGUAGAGCAUCGCACCGGUAAUCGCGAGGUCCCGGGUUCAAACCCCGUUAGAGUCCUGAAUUUUUUUCAAGCUUCUUUACGCAAUUGCAUAAAUUGCGUUCACUGCGACGAUCAUUUCUUCAUUUUCAUGUAAAUAAACCGUUACUAUUUUUAGCUCUUGUCAAAUUGAAUUUCAUUGAAAUAAUAAGUAACUCAUAAGAUGUCAGUUUAUUUAUUAAGAUGUUUUUAAGUAUCCAGUUUUCGUCUCACGAUCCUCGCGCUCCCACGGACCAUUUUCGUCUUACGAUCUUUACGCUCCACAGACAGUUCUCGUAUUUUUAGUAUUCUAUAAGACAACGCUUCUUGAUCACUUUCAGGGACUUGUCUUCAAACGUUUUUAACGACACUUCACUGCCUGAUGGUUUGUUUGAUAAAGUACCUGCUCUGACUAAACUGUGAGUAGUUAAAAUGGCUACAGUCUACAGUCUAUGUCAUGUUUAUUGUCUUGACAAUUUAAAAAAAAUUUAAAGACGUACUUUUUAGUAAGGCUUUUUAUUCUUAAUUAGGCUUUUUGAUAUUGUACAUAACACAUGAUGUAAUUCUUAUUUAUCAUCUCGUCAUGAAAACUGUGCUAUAUAAAUUCUUAAUUAUUGUUAUUAUUACUAUGCUGUUUAGCAGGAUAUACGUUUCUAUUUUUUAAUCCACUCUUAUGUUAUUUAGAACGGAGUAGUUAUUUUAACAAACUAACCAUCUAGCUAACGCCCCUUAUUACUUACCUAUACUAAUUUGCUAACUGACUGACUGACCGAAAGAAACUUUUGAUAGUUCUUCUUUAACUGUAACUAAUGGAGUACAGUCUUAUCUAAAAAACCUGUUUAUUUUUUAAAGCAUGUGUAGGAUUCUUACAACAGCACAACAGAACAAUAAGUUUAGCUGAUUUUUUCCAGGCAUCUGUCCUCAAAUUUCCUAACAAUGCUAUCUGAAAGAUUGCUUGCAAACGUGCCAAACCUUGAGUAUCUGUAAGUCAACAUGAGUUUACCAAGAGCACAAAUGGUAGGCGUGUGAAUUUAAACAAAAUGCAAGGCUAAUCGUACAGCUUAUGGUAAAAGGGGUAGUUUUACUGUUAAAUUAUUUAAUUAGACCAAAGUAUUUGUUCGUCGCAAAAAAGCAGUCGCAGCACAUAUUGCAAUACAAAUGAAAAGAACAUAAUAUCACGUCACGAAGUUGUCACGAAAGGGCCAGCAAGAUUUUGCAGAUAUGGCAGUGGCAUCAACUUCCUACAAUAAAGCUGAGUCAUUUCUCCGGAGGAAAAAGGCGCUCUUCCCAUAUUGACGGGAACGGGAAGAGCCGGGAGAUUUACCCAUAUAUGCACACAGAAAGGGCUUCAGUAUAUUUAUAUGCUUAAUUGACCAAACGCGAGGUCAAGAUCACCGGACUAAAGGAAAAGGGAAAAGAGACAGAAUAAUACGCCCUACGUGUUGUGUAGUCUAUAAGGAUUAAAGACUAAUAAACUAUUUUGUGAAAUGUCUGGAACGCUCCUCUCGAAUUAGGGUUGGGAUUCAGAUGGACUGUUAAAGGCCAUACGCCAAACAACAACUUUAUGUUUUGAUUUUUUUUUUUCGAAAACGUUUUGAUUCCAGAUUUUUUUCUAAACAAGGACGAUGAAGAAUCAUUUAUUAUAAAACCAUUUUUUUUUUCUCGUCCCCAAAAUUAGAAACGUAUUUGUCAGUGAAAAAGCCGGGUACCUUAUUCUUACAGGGACAUAUCAUCAAACGAGAUCAGUUUUUUACCAGAUGGGGCGUUCACAAAGCUAGGAUCUCUUAAAUAUUUGUAAGUGAAAUAAGGGCAUUAAAUCUUUUUAGACAAGUGUAUCGUAAUGUUUAGUUUAACAAAAUAUGUUUCUUCCAGAUUUUUACAAAACAACAACUUAUCUAGGAUAUCAAACGUGACUUUUUCGGGAAACAGAGAUCUUUUUUAUGUGUAAGUAUUAACCAUAGGAUAACUGUCAGUCAUCCUUCUACAUGUCAUCCAGAAUAAUGUAUCACUCAUCCAGACGUAAAAAUGAAAAUACCCUUUUAGUUAGAAGUGGAACCUUUGGGACACCUGUUUUAUUCAACGGACACCUCCAUUCAGGGGACACAAAAUUUGUCCCAGUAAAAUGUUCAAAUAACCAGGAGACAAUUUGAUGGGCUCCUGACAUAACUACUCCAUCUGUGACCUCUUUUGGAGGAACACCUUUAUUCAGGGGAAAGGGGCACUUCUCUUGGGUCCUGAAACCCUUGUUUAACUUCCAUUUAGGGGACAGUUUAGCACUGGGUUAACAAGUGUACACUAGUCACAGUGAUGACACCUUUCACGUCAGGAACUAUCUCACUUAAAUCGAUGUGCUGCACUCUCUGGAAUUCAACACACAAUAUCACAGAUUGACAGAUGACAGAUGAUGUUUUGUACUCUAUCUAACUUCUUGAAACAAUACAAAAAUGCAGCGGAAUAAAAAGAAAAAAUUAAUUUAUUGGUUAGUUCUUAACAAACCCCAGCCCAACCUCUUUUCAGGGGACACUUUUAUACAGGGGUCACCUGCCUUGGUCCCUAGGGUGUCCACUGGAUAGAGAUUCUACUCUAUCAAAAUUCAUACUUGGCUCCUAGGUUGAGGGGUAAAACAAAAGAAAAGAAUCUGUAAUCCCUCGAUCUCAACGCAAUUUCUUCCUUUUGUUUUAUUCCCAUCAGCGACUCGCAGCCAGUAUUCAUAAUUAACUCGAAACUGGCGUAUUAAUUUUAAAUGAUCCCUCUUACCUCAACUUAGAUUUUUGAGCGCCAACCGUUUGAAAAUGAUCCCAAGUGGAGCCAUGUUUCUUUAUAACUAUUUUAUCGGUGUGAUGUAAGUAUUGCAUUUGUCUUAGUUUUUAAGCCGCCGUUGUUUCGAUUACAGUUUUCUUACUGAACGAUGUUCAUGUAUGAUAAGCUGUAGUUAUUAUUCUACUGUAGUUGUAGGCUAAGCUUUCCAACAACUUAUUCAACUCGAAGCCCUUUACUAUCAUCACUUUACAAGAAACUAAACAGGGGCACCCAACAACCGAAUGCUUCCAAAUAAGCCAGAAUUGUAUCAGUAGGGUUUCGCUAUGCUUUAGAAGCCUGUUUGGUUAAUUUGGAGCUGCCCUAAAAACUAUUUACAUGUUCAGAUGUCUUAGGGGAAUUUAUAUCGUUUCGAACCUUUUUUUCUCACACCCCAAAUUGUUAGCAACGUAUCCUGAAAGUUCUUAUCGAAAGUUAAAGGAAAUGUCGUAGUCUUACUUUAAUAGACCUUUUUAGCUUGUAUGUUUUGUUUUACCAAUUCAAACCACGUGAUGCUCUUUAGGGAAUUUGCCUUUUGUCUUUUCAUUAAUUAUAUUACAUACAUACGCAUGUGGGUGAACGUGCAUAAGACGACAGUUGAACGAAACGGUUCUCUUGGGUACCAUCACGUGGUCUGUAAUCGGAAAACAAAACAUGCAAGACAAAAAGCUUUAUUAGAAAAUUCUAGGGGACGCUUUGCCUUUAAAAAAUGUGAAGAUCACACACACUCCGACAAUCGUGGGUAAGUUAGUAGAAAAAUCUGGAAUGGAACGGUUUCCAGAUAUGUUUAGCCGACCUUUAGAAAUUUGUGGGCAAUAUUUGCUCCUUCGAACAGUUAUUAUACAGAUAAAACGUCGUCGGCUUCCCUCCACUGCAACACAUUAACUAUGACGAAUAUAUUCACUCUGAAAACGGUUGUGCUUGUGAUUGAUGUCCUUGCUUAGCUUUAUCCGACGCAGAGUGACAACGGCAAAUCGUCUUGACUAUGGAGGAGGGCUUGCAACAUCUUAAUUUUGGCUUCAUUUAUUUUUCAAAAGUCUACCAAAAUACAGAUGAAACCAAGGGACUGUGAUGAAGAUACAAUCAUCAAGAAGACAAAAAUAUUUAUAUCCGAACAUGAAGUCCUCUGUAUUUAGUAAAUGGCUUAGUUUUUUAACGGUAGCUGCACCUUAAGACCUGUAUCUUUUACGUGUUGACCGUUCACGUUUUUCGUUUCCAUUUAUUUUAUUGUUUUUAGAAUGUUGUCUGAUAAUCCCUUAACAGCAAUUGAACCGAAGGCAAUUAGGAUUCCCGACAGUGGUUUGAGCUUGUACGUUUUAUUUAGACUUAAUAUUGGAGCAUAAGCACAGUUGACUCCAGAUAACUCGUACCCUCGAAACAAAGUCGCACUCGAAACAAAAUCGAUUUCCCCUGGAUUUUACCCUCGGUAACUCGAACCCUCGAUGUCACUCGAAGUAGCCUUUUCUCGCUUCAGAUCAUUUCUGUAUAAUAAAGUGCACUGAAGUCCCAAACAUUGAGGUUACUUCGAAACAAGGGUGUCAAUUCUUUGUCUUAAAAAAUUAAUUUGUCACUCUACUUCUAGUCUCAAUCUCAGUACAUUAAUAAAGCUUUGUUGCUUACCGGUAAUUUCUUUUUUUUUCAAAAUAGCAACCACUGAUUUGUAUCUCUUGCUGCCCUUAAAGUGAAAAGCGCAUCGGACUUUUUUCGAUAUCCCUAGGAGGUUCGAGUUAUCGGAAGUCGACCCGUGCUAGCUAAAAAAAUGCAUGUUUUUUUUUUGUUGUUUCGUUGGGUAGUUUGGUCCUUUUAAUUUAGAGAAAAUAAUAAUGCUUUUAUGGGUAUGUCAAAAACAUUUUAUUGUUUUGAAUUAACAGAAUUUUAAACGCAUAAAGUUAUAUCCUUUUAAUAAAAUUUUGGCCUUGGGUUUAUAUUUGAGAAAAAUAUUCUUAAAAUUUGGUAGAUUUCAGCCCCGAUAUAUGUUAUAAAAUGUAUUCUUAUAUAAAAAAAAAAGGGAAGUUAUACGUCGGCCUUGCAAAAACAUGGAAUUGUUUAGCGUUUAGAAAAUUUAUUAAUAUAUAAUACCCAAAACCUAGUUACAGGUUCAUUCCCAUUGCGUUUUAGCAAGUAAAUGUACUUUUUUUUGUCGGAAUAAUUUUGUUUUUUUUCUACCUCCGUAAAGGUCUUGUAUACACAUUCAAGUGAUGACAAGCUCAUUGUGUUUAAAACACAUUAUUAUUCAUUCAAAAUAUUUCCCCUAUUCUUAUUGGCUAAAAGCACACGUUUAAUUUACCAUAACAGUUACUGAUGACCAAAUUUGGAAGAAAUUUGACUUUAACGAGGAAAUGGCGUCAAAAAUGCAGCGUUCUCACAGGUUAAGGCACCGUUAACCGAGAAGACCUGGGGACGAGGUUGGGUUGUUUUGGUUGUGAACUUGAAAAAAUGGCGGUCAUUUCACUCGUUUCAAGAGUAAGAACUAGGCGAAAAAAUAGCUAAAAACAUUGCAAGAGCAGCAAGGAGACAACUCGAAGGGCGACAUCUGCUAUCUGGAGAAUAUUUGCGGAGCUGGAUUCGGCUUUCGUAUCAUAUGAAGAAUUAUGGAGAUCUCGGAGGGUGUUAUCCGCCUCGGCCUACGGCCUUGACGGACAACACCCUCCUCGAUCUCCAUAAUUCUUCAUAAGAUACUCCGCCUCAUUCAUUAACUGUUAAAUAACAGUUUUGUACGUUCGCAUUUAGAGAAGUGCUGAAUUUCUUCUGGUAUGUUCAACAAUGCGAGUUCGUAAAAAACUGCCUGUUUUUUCUACGUAUUCUGCUUUACAGGCAGGCUAGGGUAAUGUGCAGACCAUACGGAAAUUAAGGUCUUGACGUAAACGAUUGUUAGAAGAGCAAAAAGUUUAGAUUUUUGACAGAUAAUUGUGUUCUUACCUUGUGUUUUUAACUUAUCUUCUCGGAAAACGUUUGAUUGGAGAUUUGCCAAAACCGUUCCAGGUAAAGAGUGUCAGGCUUUGUUAGGUACAUACCUCUUUUUAGCCGGGUCGCGCUUGGCAAUGAAUCGAUGGAGAAAGAGGUCAUGAGUAACUUUCAAUACGGACCUAGAAAACGAGGCUAAAAAACCAAAAAGAUGCUUAUUAUAUAUGGCUUCCUGUAUGGGAGACCGGCAAUAAGAAGAAGACAAAGGAAUUGUUACUUAUUUGACAGCCCUCAGAAAGUGACAGUUCUAUUAGCUUAGACAAACAAUAGCGCAAUUCAAGGGCCCCUUGAAGUUGAAGUUCAACAGUGAAAUCAAAAUGUAAAUGCGCCGUGUUGAAAAAAGUACAAUUCUGUCAGAACUAAGAGCACUGCAAGUCCUAGCUCGACAAUUUGACGCUGGAGUGUAUGAAUAUUACGUUUGACUCGAAGUCGGUUCUACCAUUCGUUUGUUUCGCUUACUUCUCUAAAAGCAAAAUCUCUCCUUAUCCACCAGUCCAUACUACCCUUCUUAACUCUGUUUUGCAAUUUUUCACCUGUGAUAAAGUUUUCGAUUUCCUGACUAGAAUACUCUUUUUGGAUAAGAUUACGUUUCAGUGUUUUCAUUCACUUCGUUUUAAAAUAACCAGGUUAAAAUUUAGAAGGACGACAACUUCUAACUAUUAUAACUCUUGAUUCAUUUUAUUUUCGACUCAAACCGAUUUAUAGCUUAAAAACGAACAUUUGCUAUUGAAAUUUUGCUCCGCACGGUAAGUUAAGAAUCGCAAAUUGUCACUUUCUUGUUAAUGUAUCAAAUGAGUAAAAAUAGGUAGCUUUUUAAAAGAAUAUAUUUUGUCCAUUUUAAACAACACUUUGUAAUAACAUUGUUAGAAAAAUUAGCAUAUAUUGAAAGAGCAAAUAAUUUUAUCUUAUUUCCUUGCAGAUAUUUGCUGCGAACUAAUCUAAAGACAUUGAAUCCUGAGUCUAUCGUUGGCUAUCCAGCACCGGGAUCAGACAGUAGCAGCGGAUUUGGCAGCUUUUUUUCCACAGUGUAACCUAUAUAAACUGUGAUUUACAGAAAUAAUAACCUUCAAACUAUCCUGGCUCCAGAGGUCCCUUGUUGAAAUACUCAGGAUGAAGUAAACCGUGCUUAGGGUUUGGUAGUUAGGAUUAAUUUAGGUUUCUGAGAAACUGCCCACCGGCCCCUCCCCUGAGCCAUCAUUUUGCCCUAAGUGAGAAGUAAGGGUUAAUGUUAGCUUGGGGGCAGAGGGGGGGGUUGGGCAGUUUCCUAGAACCUAAAUUGAUCGGAUGGUUUGAGGUCUUGAAGAAAAAAUAACCUCUGGAAUCCAGGGUAUCUUCAAAUAGGAAACAAAAGUAUACGUUAACGCUGACGAGAUUAUGCGGAGAUUAUCAGUCAGUUUUUGAGAACAGAAAAUUACAAUGUCAGGAUAACUGUGUAGGCAUACUUUCAUAAGAAAUUUAUUCCGUAAAUGGCCUUGCACGUUCUAUGUGUGCCAUACAUUGUUUGAUAUGUGUAUGCUGAUUUUUGUUUUUGAACAAUAACACAUUUAAUGAAACUGAAUGAGAUACCUGUUAAAUUCGUUCAAAGCUAUAGAAAUGUUUUGUCUUUGGAACAAAGCACCUUACAACUUCCUCAAAUCUGCUAUCUCACGAAUUAGGACUUGCUUUUAAUUCACGCUUGAGAAAUGAAAUUUUAGGAUGCUAAGAGAUUUUAAUUUACUUUUUACACGUAACAUGUUCCUUGUUAUUGUCGUCGUCGUUGUUUUUUUUUUUUCACAGGGUGAUGGAGGAUAGGAGGCUAAGGACAAUUAAAUAUUAUUACCAUGGAAACGCGCCUGGUUUUGUAAUAUAUCUGUCAGUACAACAAUUAAGGCUUUAUUUGCAUGCCGGGAUUUUUGCCCAAAAUCCUUAAGAAAAGUGCUAUUAUUUCUACAGAUUUAAGUUUUAUCCCCACGUUUUGGCCGGGGGGCUGUUUUCUUUUCUUUCCAUCUAAGGUCCACUUGUUUCACUUCCGAAAUGAUUUUAACGCCAUAAACCAUGAAACUAGGAACGGAAACUUUUACAAGAAAUUUUUAAGGUGAAAUUUUCAGUUAAAAAGCCUUCAUCUUUUACGCCUAGCCCCUUUGAGACCCUUUUGUUUACCUUGAUCACAGGCUACCCAGUGCAAAAAACGGAACAGUUGGUAGUAAUAUGUAACAAACCACAACUUAACGACAAUUCAAGGAAAUAAAACAAACCCUGUGCAAACCAGCAGAGUAUGACCUAUUCUUUAACGUAAUUUACCGUUCGACCAAACUCUUUUUGUGAGAAUGUUUUUUUUUCUAAUUGCAUGAGGAUAAAAUCAUUUUCAUAUCAAAGGCUACGCCCUUAGCUUGGUUUCAAAACAGGGGGUUUGAAAAAACUAAGAAACGGCCGAUUAAAUAUAAAGUUAAUUUCUUUCCGUUUAGAUAUCCCCACGAGUCUAAAUCACAAUCGGUUGUGGUGUACUACAGGAGGGUCUCAAUGGGGUGGUGGCUUUUACGGUUAUCGGCUAAAAUUUUGGCUCUUUUACGGCUAUCGGCUAAUUUUUUUCAGUUACGCUUAACAAAAAAGUUGAAAAUUAAUUUCUUUUGUUUCUAAGAGUUAAAUAUUAAUUAACCUGUAUUUUUUGUAACUUUAAGGCAAAAUAAAGGUCUUCGGAUCAUCUCGGGAUAAAGUAAGCUGUUCGUUUGAAAAAUCUUAACAUUUGAUAGAUCAUACUUUUUAUAAAGUAUUCCACUUCUAAUAUUAUUUUACCCACAGAAAUAUCCAUAUUCAAUUUAAAAAUAAUCUUUAAUUUGUGAAAAAUCAAAAGAAGACACGCGAACGCCCAACUCAAGGCCGGGGCGCGACAUUAAUUAUAACAGAAAUGGCCGUUUUCACACUAGAGACGGAUUAUUCGUGUGAGACAGGUUAUCCGUUUAUAUUGAUGAUUCGUGUCGAUAGGUAAUACGUUUUAAUUUGAAAAUAGAAUAGCUCUAAUUUUGAAUGAACAAUCCGCCUGACGUUAUCCAUCAAUUUUGACGGACAGUUUGAAGAUGGAUUAUCCGUUUCAGAUAGCCUGUGUAGAGCCGCCCCCUCCCCUCAGAAAAAAUCGGAGAAGGGGUGUCUGUGGGGAAGGGGGCGAGUGUACACAGGCUAGUCUCAGAUGGAUAAUCCAUUUCUAGCUCUUUUGUGAAAACGGCCAACAACAAAAUUCCUGUGUCCAGUGUUUAUAAUGAUAGCGAAGGACCCUACGGAACGACUGUCUGCCGUUGCCUUGUCCUUAGGCCUCAGUCCGCGAGGCUAAUGCUUUUCGGGUCACGUGGUCCGAGCGAGUUCGCCACCGAAAUGCCUUGACCGAGAUUGCGUGGGAAGGCGCUGUACAGGGACUAGGCAUGGCAAUGUCUACCAUAGCGUCAGAGAAAAACAGGGAAUUGUUGUUUAUCGGCUAUAUUUUACAAACAGUGACAUCUCUGCGUGUUGUUUUACUGGUGUUUCGAGGGUACGACCUCCUGAAAAUCGCAAAUAUUAAUCCCCAGCAAGCAGCCACACUUUCGCUAUGGAAAAAAUUAGUUCCCCGAAAGAGCGGUGGAAAUGAAGCUUAGGUCCUGGUCAACACCUUGAAGGCACUUCGAUCGCCUGACGUGCGUACGGAGUCUGGCAGUAGCCGGGAAAUAAGUGAGUUUAGCAUCUUCCUUAAAAUUAACAAAUCUCGGGAACAAUUUCUUUUACGGUUAACUCUUUUUUACCCUUUUUACGGCUAACGGUUAAAAUUUUUUAAUUUUUACGGCUAUCGACUAAAUUUUUGGCUGUUUUACGCCAAUCGGUUAACCCCAUUGAGACCCUCCUACAGUAACAGGGAACCAGCCAGAAGCCUAAUUUCUGCUCUUUCGGCCUCGGGAUUCAGACAGGUUUCUGGCGAUCAACCGAGCAAUCUCCGACCGUUCUUUUUAUCAUACCACCUGCCAUGUCCUGUUGGCACAUUCUCCAACAUAACUUCUCAAGGAGCCGAAGGAAGCAUACCCUGCCCCCCAGGUAACAGAGGUUCCCAUUCAUACUUGACAUUCCUGUCCUGUCACCGUAGUCAUCUCGUUGUAGUAUAAUGUUCAAUUAAACCCUAGUUCGGUAUUCACUACACAAAGGGGCGGAUCUAGGAUUUUUUAAUGGAGAGUGGCUGAUACCAAUCGGUCACCAAGUUACACGUUAAUUUUUCUUAAGUUGUCCUACGUUUGUCCCAAAACAUGGCGAUUUAGAAAGGACAAAUUGUUGACUGUAACACUGCAAACUCUUGAAAAGCAACAAAAUAGAAAAAAUAGAAGCUCAUACAAAUACCUCACUAACCUAGUCGGCCAAAGGUGAAGACGCCGUCAUUCGUCCAGGGUGCAGCGUCACAAAUUUCUCACAAACUACACUUCUGUCGAUGGUUCUGCAUUUACAUAACAUAACAUAAAAAUUUAUUUAUACUAGAAUUUUAGAGUAGCUAACAAGCUAAUAUCUUCGAGCUACGUGCAAUGGCCAUGCAUUUGCAUGCAUGGCCAUUGCACGUAUUUAUAUUUUUUGGACCAUCGUAUUUCCGUUUGUUUUUCCGUGUAUUAUUAUUUUUUUAGGUGGGAAUUUUCUCCUAGGGGAAGGGGAAGGGCUGUCAUUUCCCCGAUCUUUUUAAGUACACGGUACAAUACGCUCUUCUCACGUAUGGUAAUAUGCCCGUCUAACCUCGUUUUUGAGUAAAACGUCCUUUGAAAUGCUAAUCAGACGACGUUUUCGUAUUUGAAUUUCAAAAGAAUUUUUACCCGUAAACGAGGUUAGACGGGCAUAUUACCAUAAGUGAGAAGAGCGCAUUUGGUUGUCACGUUCUUUGCUUGUUUUGUUUGUUUAUUUGUUUCUUUGAUUCUCACUUUGUUUGUGUGUACUAUUUGUUACGUUGCUUGCGUAUGUCGGCAUUUAUUUAAUUAGCUCUUUGGAAUAUGUAUAUAAUUUAAGCGCUAUAUAAAUAAUAAUUCUUUAUUUUUAAAUCUUUAUGUACCAAUAUUGUACAUAUGAAACUUGUUUUUGUCCUUUGCUUUCAAGAGUCUUCGAUAUCUUUGAGGUAAACUAUCUGAACUGGUAAUCAGAAAGUCCUACGUUCGACUACUGUUGUGCGGUGGUCACUCGUCUCUUUGGUUUUGAAACAAGAGCGAUCAAGAAACCAAAACCUCAACAACAUAUUUCAAGUGCCAACAUAAAGUUUUAAAGAUUUAUGGAAAAAUAUUAAGUUUCACAGUAAAACACUCCAAGGCAAAUUAAUAUUAUACGAAGGUGGCUUUUCAAAGGGGAUUCAAUAUGAUGACAAGGCCGAAAAAUUUGUUAAGAAAGAAUAAGUCAAGGCAACAUUUUUAAACACUAAUAUGACCGACCUAGAACUUUCCCACCAUUUAAUGUCUCAACAUAUACAUAAGAUUUUUUAUAUGAUACAUAUGUUUUUCUGAUACACAUGUUUUUAUUUAGGUGGGUUUUACUCCGAUGAUAUUGGAUAUGUGGGGAUAAGCUGUAAAAAAUGCCCCAACGGUUCUUUUGUUGCCUUGAAUAAAGCACCAGGAAAACUAGUUCAAGAUUGCAAGACUUGUCCUCUUGGUAAAUAGCUACAAUAAGUAUACUUUUGUUAUGUUUCUAGUGCUUGGUUGUUUGGUGGCUAUUAUUUUAUAUGAAUUUUGUGCAGCUUACAGUCUGACAAUUUUUAUCCAUGAAUAGGCCAUUUCCCAGAUCCAAAAACUCUCACUUUCACAACGAGGCUAAGAACAAAACCUUUCUUGUGAAAAUGAGUUUCAUUUGCAUCAAUGGCUUUGUAAUUAGCCUCACUUUGAAACAGAGGCUUGAGGCAACUCUGAAGUGGCGUAUUGUUCUGUUGCUUAUUUCAACAGGAACAAACAGUGACGCCCAUGCGGGAUUGCGUGCUUGUGAAUGUCUGGAGGGAUAUUAUCGGACUCACAUGUUUGAACUGUGUCGAAAAUGCGAAGAUGGACUAAAAUGCGAGAAUGGAUAUGCUACUUUGAAACCUGGCUAUUGGUGGAAAUGGAGAAAUAACAGCCUUAAAGAUCGGUACCGAGUUUUCAUAGCCAAUCUCUUAUCAUCUUCGCCAUCAUUUGAUAAAGAGGACGUGCAAUAUCCGUAUCCUCUACCAACUCCGCAUAAGUGUCCAGGAGGAAAGUCAUGCAAAGGUGGCAUGGAUUCCUCUUGCAAGGAUGGCUACAAAGGUCCCCUUUGCAGCGUGUGUUCAAAAGGAUAUUUUAAACAAUUUCAACGAUGCAGGAAAUGCCCAACAAAGACGUGGAUUGUCGCUCAAAUGUUAAUAGUUGCCACAGUUGUUUUGAUAAUUAUUGCAGUUUGUGUGUGGACAAAUAAGAUGAAGAAUAAGAAAGGAGGGGAGAGCUCUUUAGCAGACUCUUUCUUGUCCAAAAUCAAGAUCGCAAUUGGAUUUUAUCAGGUGACGUAUGGUUUGCUUGAGGCCUUCUCAUACAUCGAAUGGCCAGAGUCUUUACAAGCGAUCGGCAAGUAUUCAAAAGUACUCCAGCUAAACAUACUUGAGAUGGCUCCAAUUAACUGCUUUUUCGAGAGUCUACAAGUGGAUGCUUUUGCCAACUUACUUUCAAUAAUCGCAAUUAAUUCUGCCAUCAUCAUCUGUGCAGGCAUAUGUUACGGAAUAAGAAGAGCUGUUAUCUCAAGGAAAGAAGAUAUGGAUAUCGAGCAAAAGUUAAAGGAAGUGUCACAAGCUAAAGAAACCACGUACAGAAAUCUGUUCUUUUUCCUGUACAUCACCUACCUUAGCACGUGUUCUAAGACAGUAACUGCUUUGCCCCUUGCAUGCCGGGAACUUUGUCAACACGAAAACGAGGACUCUUGCACGAAGUACCUGAAAGUCGAUUACAGCAUACAAUGUCAUGGGCCUUCGUUCAAUAAAUUGGUUAUCGUGUCAUAUUUCUCCUUAGCUUACGUUGUUACUCUUCCUUUCGCCACAUUUAUUGUUCUUUGGAGAAAGCGAACUGUAAUACUUGACGAAAAGCCUAAUGGUCUAGACCCAAGAACUGAAAUAAUCAAGGGCUUGCAAUUCCUUUACGAAAAUUACAAAGCUCGUUCAUGGUACUGGGAACUAAUAGAGACGUCUCGUAAAGUAAUCGUCACAUCUGGUUUGAUACUCGUGGGGCAGGACAGCAGAUCAUAUAUUGGUUUAGCAUGGGUCAUUGCUGGCAUAUAUGGAGUGUACUUUGCCUGGAAUCGUCCGAUACAAGACGCCUUUGAAAAUCGACUGAUGGGCGCAUCCAUUGCUGUUACAGUUUUCAAUUUGGGUGUUGGGGCCGUCAGUAAAAUUCCUGCAGAGAACUUACCUACAGCAGCCGACGUUUACAUGGACAUGGUCGUAUUCAACAUAUUAGUUCUUGGAGCAAACACGCUGGUCAUCGGAUUACUGGCC